AUGAUCCAUCCUUACAGUCCAGGUUCAAUAUUCAUGUUACCCCAUGGUACUCGUAUUGUACAACGACUUCAAGAUUUUUUACGACAAGAAUAUAAACGUUACGGUUAUGAUGAAGUCAUGACACCUCUUAUUUACAAGAAGGAUCUUUGGGAAACAAGUGGUCAUUGGCAAAAUUAUAUGGAAGAUAUGUUUAUGGUCAAAAGUGGAAAAGAAUCAACUGGAUGCUGUGAUCAUGGCGAUAAUCAUGAAGAAGAAGGUAUCUAUGGAUUGAAACCUAUGAAUUGUCCUGGUCAUUGUCUCAUUUUUGACAGCACACCCAAAUCAUACAAAGAUUUGCCUAUUCGACUAGCUGAUUUUAGUCCCUUACACAGAAACGAAGCCUCUGGAGCACUCUCUGGUCUUACAAGAGUUCGACGUUUCCAUCAAGACGAUGCACACAUAUUUUGUACUGAACAACAAAUUGUAUCUGAAAUCUCAUCUUGUUUAUCAUUUGUGGAUCGUGUUUACAAAGCAUUUGAAUUCCCUCAUUUUGAUUUUACUCUUUCGACUCGACCUAGCAAUAAUUACAUUGGCAGUGUGGCGGAAUGGGAUCAUGCGGAAGAUGCAUUGAAGAAGGCACUUGAUAGUACGGGAAGACCUUGGACAGUAAAAGAAGGAGAUGGAGCAUUUUAUGGACCGAAGAUUGAUAUCAUGGUCAAGGAUUCAUGUGGCAAAUCACAUCAAACGGCAACUAUUCAAUUAGAUUUUCAACUUCCUCAACGAUUUGGACUGAAAUAUGUAGAUGAACAUGAUCAAGCUCAAACACCAGUGAUUAUUCAUCGUGCUAUUCUUGGAUCUAUUGAACGUAUGUUUGCUAUUUUGAUUGAACAUACUAAUGGUAAAUGGCCAUUUUGGCUUAGUCCACGACAAGCAGUGAUUCUUCCUGUGGCAACUCCUUUUGCUGAUUAUGCAACCAAAGUGGCCAAACAAUUGUCAGGUACAAAUGAUAUAGGUUGUGAAUCUUUUUAUGUGGAUGCAGAUACUUCUUCUAGAGACCGAUUGAACAAGAUGAUUCGUCAAGCACAAAAGGAUCGAUAUAAUUUUAUUGGUGUCGUUGGACAAAAAGAAAUGGAUUCUGGUACAGUCAACAUUAGAACUCGAUCUGGUGAAAUGUUAGGCUCUAUGACUAUUGAUGAUCUACGAUCUUUGUUUUCCAAACUCAAUGCCAAUUUACAAUAG